AUGCCCUCGACAAAGCUAUAUAUUCAGCAUCCACUGGACGCAGACAGGUCGUGUAAGCUGGUUGGAAUAUUGGAGCGCGCAGAUGCGAAUCUGUCGACGCAUGGGAAACCGCUUGCAUUGAUUCUCCACGGAUCUAUGGGCCAUAAAGACUAUCUAUUCCAACGAAAACUUGCUCCUCUACUUCCGAUGGACUCCUUUCGCUUCGACUUUCGUGGAAACCUCGAAAGCGGUGGUGAUUGGUCACUCGCUAGUCUACCCAAGGACGUCGAGGACAUACAAGUCGUGGUGGAAUACAUGAAGCGAGAAUACGGGUACACUACCACCGUCCUCAUUGGCCACUCACGCGGCAGCAUCGUCACGUGCAAAUGGAUUGCGUCGGGGUCGAGAGAAACACAGGACGUCGAGGCAUUUGUUAACGUUUCGGGGCGGUAUAGGAUGGAGAGAUUCCGAUAUAUCCAAGAGGUUCAUGCCGAGUCAAUACAGAAACGUGGAUAUGGGAUCUGGAAGGUACGCGUUGCAGGCAAGCCUGUGGAAGUCAAGAUAUAUCCCGCCGAUAUCGACGAGUUUGUGGAUUGGGACAUAUCCUAUAUCCCUUCUUCAUUUCCACCGCAUAUCGACGUACUUUCUAUCCAGGGCAUGUCGGAUGGGAUUGUGCCACCAUACGACGCCGUGUGUUAUGCCCUUGCUUUCGAACAGCGUAAAGGUGGGGAAGGACGGCAUACUCUUCACUUUAUCGAAGACGCCGACCACAACUUUGCCGGUCAUCACGACGAGGUCAACCAGACCAUUGUCGAGUGGUUGACUCGUCGAGCAAGAAAGGAGCCUCUCAGUCUAGGCGGACUAUGGCGAUCUCGAUUGUAG